AUGACACUUGCCUCAUUGUCCUUCUUCGUUGGCACAUCUUCUGCCAUAACGACGCCCCUUAGGCUACCUGCGAGCCCGGGCUAUCAAGGCAGAUCCAAUGCUUGUCCAGCAAGAUGUGCCGUGACGGGGCCCAACCCUGCCAACUGGUCUCUAUACCGCAACCUCAAUCAAUUUGCCUUGUGCCAAGAGUCCAUCUUCUACUCCUUUUCCUUCCUCGACCCGGUCGAUGAUGCUGAUGAAGUUCACCGCAUCUACGCCUGCACUUCUUUCGGCCCGGAUUGGGCAAAUCUGCCAGCCAACACUUCUAGUCUCAGCUCAGAGUCAGCAAAAGCCCCAGUCCUCGUGAAUGGCACAUAUGAGAUUGGAUCCUGGCCUUCCGCUCCAGGUUCAAUCGUCUCAACUUCUCUUGCCACAAUCACCACCCAGAUCCGCCAUUAUCUGUCUAACGGAUUUGGUGCCGCGGACCAUCCGACCAUUCUCUUCGCCAGCUUUGGCUCAACCUCGGUUGGUCUCUAUAUCGGCCAAGGUCUGCAGAACCGGGGAAUCGGGAACAUCGCGCUGGCGUACUUGGAAAACUCCAUCGCCACAUCCAGCGCCAGCCAUUCUGCCCAGGUGGCGAUGCAAUUCUGCCAGCCUGGCCAGACUUCGCAUCACAUUUUCGGCCUGAUAGCUACUGGCAAUGGAACUUUUGCUGCCGUACAGGACGCCCUCAAGUCAUGGUCAAAGGCGGAAUGCUUGACAUUCCCAGUCGUCCAGAACACCACGGGUACUAUCCCGCUCGGGACGCCCCUAUUCACUCCCUCCACCAACAUCACCAGCAACAACUCUUCCUUGACCCAUGGCAGUGCUGCCUCUGUUCGACACGGAGCACUCACACCGCGGGCCAACUGUACCACCAUCCAAGUCGUGUAUGGUGAUACCUGUGGCUCCUUGGCGCAGCGAUGUGGCAUCACCUCGGCUCAGUUCACCCAAUACAAUCCCGCAUCAAACGAGUGCUCCUCGCUCCAGCCGGGCGAACACGUCUGCUGUUCGGCUGGCACAUUGCCCAACUAUGCUCCCCCGCCCCAAGCCGAUGGCACUUGCGCGACUUACACCGUCCAGCCGAAUGACGACUGUUCCACCAUUGCCGCGUCAUACAGCCUCACGGUGACUGAACUCGGCAACUUUAACAACAACACCUGGGCUUGGGGUGGCUGCAGCCGCCCCCUCUAUCCUAACAACAUUAUCUGUAUAAGUAAGGGUAACCCGCCAAUGCCGGCGCCUGUCUCCAAUGCUCUCUGUGGGCCACAGGUCCCUGGCACGCCGACCCCUCCCAGUGGGACGAACAUAUCCACGCUCAACCCAUGUCCUCUGAAUGCUUGCUGCGAUGUGUGGGGCCAAUGCGGUACGACGGCCGAUUUCUGCACCAAUACUGGCACGGGCGCCCCCGGAACUGCGGCUAAGGGCACCAAUGGCUGCAUUUCCAAUUGCGGCACCAAUAUCGUGCUGAGCAGUCCUCCCUCGGAGUAUAGGAGCAUUGGAUUUUACGAGGGAUUCAAUUUGCAGCGGUCCUGCCUCUUUCAGGACGUCUCUCAAAUCAAUGUUAAUGCUUACACACAUAUCUAUUUCGCUUUCGGUGUGCUCACCCCGUCCUAUGUGGUCCAGAUUCCCAACGCCACAACUCUCUAUGAGUUCAACGAGUUUCAGCGGAUUGUGGGCGCGAAGCGUAUUCUGUCCAUCGGCGGUUGGGACUUCUCCACCAACCCCAGCACUUAUAACAUCUUUCGUGAGGGCGUCACCGCCGCGAAUCGUUUAACCAUGGCAACCAAUAUUGCCAAAUUCAUCAACGAUAAUGAUCUUGACGGUGUCAACAUUGACUGGGAGUAUCCAGGGGCACCGGAUAUCCCUGGCAUCCCUCCGGCUAGUACUAGCGAUGGUACCAAUUACCUCGCCUUUCUCGCCAUACUGAGGAAUCUUCUUCCCAGCAAAGAAAUCACAAUUGCCGCUCCGGCGUCAUAUUGGUAUCUACAGGGCUUCCCCAUCGAGAAGAUGGCUCCGCUCCUGGACUAUAUCAUAUACAUGACGUACGAUCUGCAUGGACAGUGGGACUCUCAGAAUGCGUGGUCACAGCUUGGUUGCCCAACUGGCAACUGUUUACGUACAGACGUGAACCUUACCGAAACAAUUGGCGCGUUGGUCAUGAUCACCAAAGCCGGUGUCCCCUCCAACAAGGUCGUGGUCGGCACGACCAGCUACGGGCGAUCAUUCGCCAUGGCUGAUGCGGGCUGUUAUGGGCCAGAUUGCACAUUCUUGGGCUCAGCUGAUGACUCGCAAGCUGCACCUGGUCCUUGUACUCAAACCGCGGGCUACAUCUCCAAUGCCGAGAUCCAGGAAAUCCUCGCCAACUCUAGCCGGGUGAACCAGAACUUCAUCGACGCAGCUAGCAACACCAAUAUUCUUGUCUACGACGACAUUCAAUGGGUCGGCUGGAUGAGCAACGGCAUCAAGGCCUCACGAGCAGCGCUUUACAAGGGCUUGGCGAUGGGUGGCACGACCGACUGGGCUACCGAUCUGCAAGAGUACAAUGAACCACCCUACGUCGUCUCGAACUGGGGUAUGCUGAUCAGCGACGUCCUCAUGGGCACAGACCCCUUUCAAGAGGGCACCCGUCACGGCAACUGGACUAACCUAAACUGUACGGAUCCCGCUGUGCAAGAUGCCCUGUAUAUGAGUUGCCCCCAGCGCUGGUCGCGGUUGGACGCCAACGACGCUUGGAGUGACGCCAUCGCAAUUUGGAACACGUCUGAUAGCUCGAGGACUACCUUCAGCUUGUCCAUCAUGAACACACUCCAUGGCCCUGAAAACGUGGACUGUGGACUUCUCCCUCCGAAAAGCAAUUGUGACCAGACUGAAACUUGUGCAGUGGUUCAAGGCACCAGCACCAAUGGUGGUUCCGGCAUGUACAGCCAGUUCUACGCCGCCAUCAAUUAUGCUUCCGACACGUACAUCGGCGACGCACUCACGGACUUUGAGAACACCUUCGCACCGGUGCCUCCGGAAGAAGACGACGAGUGGAAGCUGAUCCUGACCAACCUUGCAGGUCUCGGCCUUACUGCAAUCGCCGCGCCAUUCUUCGACGGAGUCUUUGGGGCUCUGCCAGCUCUUGUCGCUCUAGGAGACGCCGCCGCCGACACGGUCAAAGAUAUUACCUAUGCAACCCUCGCGUUCGGAGCCGCCAUUGUUACCAUUGUACUCGAUGGCGGUGGAGAACCUCUUUGGACAGCAAAGUCUCAAGCCUCCUUCAGUGACACUAUGGGGGCAGCACUCGGCGGCUGGGCUGCCAUCGUCGAAAACCAGCUCGCUGCUUUAUUCAAUGGAUCUGAAGCUUCCAUCGCUCUCCUCGGGACCAUGAUUGGUAAUGGUAAUCUCCUUGAGUGUGAUGGCAGUUCCCCGUCGCAGAGCGACCCCUCGGACAACAGCACAUACACCGACAUCGAGAAAUACGUGACAAGAGCCUUCUUCGGGUUCGCCAUCCCGGCCAUUUGGACCGUUUCUGGUGCUGCUGCCUUCGUUGUCGACUCGGGCUAUCCCUGCGGCACGGUAAACCCCUUGGGCCUAUACAUGAGCAACGACACCGCAGAGGCCACCUAUUCAUGCCACAACGGCAAUCUGUACUAUCUGGUCUCUGUCGCCGGAGACUAUCAUAGCUGUACCGGCGAAGAUAUUGCUCUUACUAUUGACACCGUUAAUCCACCACCACCACCGUGCACCGAUUCCCUGUUCACCGCUCCAGUAGGACUAGACAGCCUCGGCUCGAAAUGGGGAGGUAUUACUGUGUCCGACCUUAUUGCGGGAUCCGUUAACACAUACGUCGCCAACGGCAAUGCCAACGGGGCGCCCGCCGCUAACCCGGCGGACUCGCAGACUAUCCAAGACCUCGCAAACCAGGACAUCACGACGCCCGGCUACAUCACUCUCCCGGUGUGCAGCCCCCAAGUUGCCUGGGCCUCGUGGUCGAAUCCCUCGCAGUCCAACGCCACUGCCCCAGGAUACCCAUGCAAUCCGCUGCAGGGCGUGACCAAGUGCAGCGGCUACACCUACGUGGACCAGACCAGCUCUGCCUCGCCGACAGUGUCCGACUGCCAGACCAUCAUUAAGAACAUCCAGGGCACCAACGGCGAGUGGACCACUGGCAUCGGCUCGCAGCGUAACAUUGCUUCGUUCGGCACCUGCAACUUUGGCGUCGACAACAGCGGCGUGACUGGCGAUGUCACUUAUUAUACUGGCAGUCAGGAUAUCGUCAACAUCAUUACUCAGUCAAUCGCGCUGUAUGGCGGUGGCGGUCAAGUCGGCGCGAAAGGAUAUAUGGAGUGUGCUGGUGAUGCGGGUAGUCAGUACGUUGAGUGGGGGCUGUAUUAG